CUGCUGCGUUUGCUGCACUGUGUCCUUCUCUUGCUGUGUGGUAACUCGUCCACCAUCUUGCGAACACUUGCCGUGGUGAUCUGGAAAGGCGUUUCUCUACGAUCGUCUUGUUGAUUGGGGUCUAUUGGACUCCGUGGAGACGGCGCCACGUGUGCAAAUAGCUACUGGGACCCGCUGCUGCUGCUGCAUGAACGGCCCAGCUCAUUUGGAUCAUGACGGCGAGAGGAAACAGGGAGGUCCACAACAUCUUGUCUAUCAUUGUGGUGCUCUUGCCUGCGGCGUGGAGCCUCCUCAUGCCACGGGCAUCUUUUCCGAGCCGGUUUUGGGUUCCGAGACAUCCGCAAGUCGCCCCCAAGAUGCGAUGCCAUGGGCAGUGCGGCACCACUCCUGCGACUGCUCCUGUUGCCAAUGCUAGCCGCGAAGCCUCGUGGGGGGUAGGUGUGUCAUCGUGGGUUGCCGAAGCAACUUAUUUUUCCCGAUCGGCGCUACAUGCAUCCACUCCGGAAGGGAUAGGGGCUUGGUGGAAUGGCAGCAGCUCAGCAGGCGGGGGCUCCGCCGGUGGUGGCGGCAACAACGGCACCGACGGGGGCACUUCAGCAGGGGGCGCAAUGGGAGAAGGAGACGACGGCAAGCGGGCCUCGGAUAUGAAUGCGUGCAGCACUCAGCAUCGAGAUAGGGGUGAAGGGGCGUCCCCAACGGUCGAGAUGAGUGGUGGGGCGUCGAAGAAGAGCGCACGUUUCGGGCCGUGGGUGUGGCUGUCGGCGAUGUGGGGCAUGUACGCGGCGUGGCUGAGGAGAUCGCCGUUGGUGGCGAAGGCGGUGACGUCGGGGGUGUUAGGUCUCAGCGGGGAUAUGGCGGCACAGUUCUUCGAGUUCCAGCAGAAGGCUGAAAGUGGACGCCGAGGCCCAUUCUUGAAGAACACCCGCCGAUUAACCGCCGUGGCGAUCGAUAGCAUACUCAUCACUGGCCCGGCGCUGCACGCGCUUUACGGGUUGCUGGAAUGCCUCAUUCCGACGGCGGCGGGAGGCUUCGUCCCUGCCGCGUUGCACGUAGUAAUCGACACCUUCGUCUUCGACCCGAUGUUUGUGGCGUCGUUUUUCUGCGUCACGGGAAUGCUUGAGAGCCGAUCUCUCAGGAAAAGUAUCCUGCCGGCCUUGCGGAGAGAGUUCUGGCCAGCGGUGCAAGGAUCAUGGCUGGUGUCCUUAUUGUUCUGCCCUCUCCAGUUCGCCACUUUCCGAUACCUCCCCCUAGAAUUCCGGGUACUGUCAGUUAACGCGUGCGACAUCGCUUGGACCUCCGUCAUGAGCUACUUCAGCCACAAGGCGGUCCCUACGGAGGGAGGUGUUGGACUGAGGUCGGUUGCAAACCAGCUAUAGGGGGCGGAAAGGGGCCGUCAAAGCAGCAGCGCUAGUUUGAAACGCAGGCAACAUGGUUAGAGCGGUGACAAAGGAAAUCGAGGUGGCAGAGGUCCCGAGCGAUGAAUGGCAAUAAGGGCGAAGUCGAGUGGUUCCAUAGCCCAUGGCAUCGUACGUGUUUUGGGACGACGGUAGUCGUGAACCGUUGCAUUGUUAGUCCCCUCAAAUUUUACAUUCGCCCCCCUAGAGGUCGUGUUGAUGCCAUCGGGUCGACAAAUGCAGCAGGAGCGUCGAGUUUUGUCGUGAGAAGCUGUGUAAUAUCCAAUUUUGUUGUGUCACGUUUGUAAUCCCCGCGAUACAUUCGUCUAGCAGCUGCAAGUGCCCGCAGCAACCCUCCUUGUGUGAUUUGUAUAGUUUUGUCCAACCCCAGCCGUUAUGGCCCUAUUGGAAUCACCGUCAUGCCAAUAAGACAUGUGUGUAAAUAGUUCGUGUACUGUAGAAUGCAUAUUCCAGCCUACCAUAAAAUAUUGAAAGAACCUCGAGAAGAUCGAUGGUUUUCUUGUCGAUCGACGAAAGGGGAGUUGCAGUUUUGCACCUUGUAAGUAAACCCGCGAGAAAAUUUUGCUACAUUUCGUUAGGAGUUCCAAGGGGGAGAAUAUGUUUGCACGUUCCACAGGAGAGAACGCAUCCAAUUUCAAACAAUUGGGAAAACGGUAUACACUCGAGCCUUGCUGUAGCUGAGAUUGGCCAAGCGCUUGCCUUAGGAGCGAAACGCAUCGGGAACUCAACUUCAAAAUUGACGUAAUCUU